UAAGAAGCAAAAGAACAUGAAAUACACAAAAACUCUUAAUUCAAGACUAAAAUCACUUUCUUCUAUGUACAAGUAGGAUUGUAGGACCAGCACUUACCCAUUUUUCUGCUAAAAAAAGGUAUAUUAUACUCCUUAAAGUUGUCUUGGUCGGCAGCUUCCCACUAAUCAAAGAACACUAAUUUGUCUCCUCUACGCCUAACCCAAUACCCUCUUCAUACGCCAGACACAAAUUCAAAUGAUAUAUACACUAAAAAAGAAACCUAAUAGGACUUACUAUUUGGACCCUUUUGUUUUCUUCUCUUUGUUGGUUUUCCUUGUUUCCUUUUCUUCUUUCAGAACUUUCCUCGAACACCUGGUGCAGGUGUCUUUUGACUGCCAUUGAAUCACUGAAGAACUUCGCAAUUUCCACGUUGAUCUUGAAGAAGAAGCAGAAAUAAGAGAUGAGUCUGUGUUUUCUGCGUCUCUUUUGAGUGAUGAGAGAGUGAGAGAAGCGGAGAGAAGGAGAGAUGGAGGGAGCAGAGAAGGAGCUUGAGAGGAGAAGCAAGUUCCUCAGCGGUUUGAUCCAAAAGAAGAAAGCAUUGGAGCAGAAGGAGCAGAAUGAUAAGCUUAAUGUUCGAGUAAGGGCCUCUGAUAUGCCUCUGGCUCUUCAGAACCGUGCCUUCAAGUGCGCUCGUGAACAGCUUGACUCCAUGACUGGCAAGCUCGACAGUAAGCGUCUUGCUCUUGCGCUUAAAAAGGAAUUCGACUCUUCGUGUGGUCCAGCCUGGCAUUGCAUUGUUGGAACUAGCUUCGGUUCUUAUGUAACCCAUUCUCUGGGAGGAUUUUUGUAUUUUUCAAUUGACAAGGUUUAUAUUCUUCUCUUCAAGACUGCAGUUGAGCCCAUGGAACAUUGAAUGAUGGUUUUUAUAUAUAAGAUACUAAACUGGCUGCUGUAGGUAAUGACAUUACCAAUUUCAAGAAUGGUUCAAAGUUUAAACA